UUUCCCCAAUUAUUCCUCCCUACGCGCGAUACCCAGGCCAUAUUUUUCCCUAAUUUUCAUUUUUUGCUUUGCCUUCAUGAAUCAUUUUUAGCUCUGCUUUCACGAAUCAUUCUGCUUUACAUUUAAUUUCGCCCAGCUAUGUUCACAAAUUCACAUUUUUUUCCCAAUUCACGAUUCGCUGGCGGUAGCGGCGGUGGUGGAGAAGGAAGGCGCUGGCGGUAACGAUGGUGGUGGCUGAUUGCUCGACUCUUGCAUGUCACAAAUUUCCUCGGAUCUUUUAAGGAAAGUGAGAGAGUUGUUACAAAGAAAGAGGGAAUCGACUUUUCUAGAGAUUAUGGAUGCUUAUUUAUUGAAUGCAGCGCAAAAACUCGUGUAAAUGUGCAGCAAUGUUUUGAAGAGCUUGUAUUGAAGAUGAAGGGGAAUAAAACAAAAGUUUCUGCUUCCCAAAGUCAGGUCACAGAUUAUGAGUUACAAAGGCUUCAAAGAUUAAAGUUCAAUGCAGAAAGAAUGUAAGCCCAAGGAUCGGGAUCCUUAGCGAACAAGAUACUUCAACAAAAAACAAAAGACCUACUUUCUCCAAGUGCAAGGCAGACAGAAAAUGACUCCACGUCAGAGUACGAUGGUGAAGAGGAGGGCAAAACUAUGGAAGAUGACAGUCUUGUGUCUGGAAAAAGAAAGGUCUCAAAGAAACUACAUUUAAUUCGCACACGUAAAACGGCUAUAGUGGAGAUGAAUAGCCAAAAAAGGCAGCAUGUUGAUGACUUUUGCGACAAUAACUCUGUUGAUUUGGCCAAGCAAGUUCAGGAUCAUGGCAUCCAAAGGAAGCAGCAACAGCAGCAAGUUGGGUCAAAAAAUAAAGGCAAAAAAAGAGCAUUCUGUUCUCCUGGUUCAAUGUCAGCAUACCUUGAGUUUCGAAAACGGCAAAAAGAACACAAUGAAGUGCUUGAUGAAAGUAAUCGUUCUUUGCAUAAUUCCAUGACAGCGCAAUGAAAAUGAUGCAUUGAAUGCGAAUAACGAUAAUGAUGCCAUAUAUGAGAUCGAUGAUGAUGAUGGGCUGAAUGAGAAUGAUGAUGGGCUGAAUGAGCAUGCUGAUGUUAUUGAUAUUGAUCAUGAAGGCGAUCAAGAAUUUGACCAGCAAGAUGUAGCACAGUACGGAAUGGAAGAAACAGAAAAUGAAUCAUCUUCUAAAAGGAAAAAUCAUCGAGGUCCAACAAUGCUACGUAAGGUUCAUGCGCGUACAACAGAAGAGCGUCAAGUGAUUGUUUUGAACUCAUUGGGUCAGCCAGUUGGACCUACAAAGGAGAUUGUCCAGGAGUACAAGUUUUUUUUGGGAACCAUGGCAAGGGAUUCCGAACUGGCUCCGCUUAACUACUUUAACUUCCCAAGCCUACCCACACUUGACAAGAUAUGGAAUUACGUCCAAGAAAAGUAUAUGGUUCCUGAUGGUGGAAUAAGUUGGGUGAUGGAUGCUGUGAACAACUGUUGGAGGUAUCAUAAAUGCCAGAUCAAGAAAAAACACUUCUAUGCAUAUGAUAAUGACGCUUUAAGGUGGAAAAAUAAGCCUGAUACAAUUUCAAAUCUUCAGUUUAGAGAUCUUUUGCUAUAUUGGAAUACCGAUGAGGCUAAGAAAAUCAGUCACAACAACAAAGACAAUCGUCUAAUGUUAGAUGAUAUGCACACUUUGGGUCGUAAGUCAUUUGCCUUUUUACGCCAUGAAUUGCGGCAACAAGAUCCGGAUAAGCAAAAGCCUUCCCAAGCAAAGGUUUAUAAGGAAUCGAGAAAAAGAAGUUCUGGAAGGACAUACAAAACUAGUUGUGAAAAAUCAAAGGAGAACAUUGCCAAAAUGGAUGCUCUGGAGUCUUCCGAACAUGAAGAUGGUAAUAACUACAACGACCCUUACUACGAAGUGAUUCCUACUGCUAAACACAAAAGUCGUGUGCAUCUGUAUGGAUCGGGUGUGAAAAAGACAGAUUUGAAGAAGAAAGCGAAUAAGCCCGAUUUCAUAUUCCCAUAGGAAUUCGUAUCAAGUGUUACCACUGCAGUUUUGGCUCAACUUCGCGAGGCUAACCCUGGGAUUAAUAUUGUGAUUCCUGAUGUUCUGCUGCAAUCGACUCCGAAUGAUGCAUCCUGUGCACCAAAUCGAACCGGUAACCAUAGUGGCCAAUCUUCCAAAUCAGCUGCAGCAUGUAAUCAGGUGCAUGACGAGCUAAAUGGAGAUGAAUGAAGUACAAUGAUUAUAUAUUAUCAUCCAACAAAUGGAGCGUACACGUCAGUGACUAAUUUUUAUUUAGUUCGAGCUUGUGAAUAUUAGGAUUUGUAUUUUGGAUGAUUUUUAAUUAGUAAACUUUUAUUAUUUAUUAUUAGUUAGUAUCGGUAGUGUAACAUAUAUAUGGAAACAAUAUUUUGUAAUGUAACGUACAUAUUAUAUAUACUUCGU